UAAACCGACUACCAGACUAAACCGUAAUAACCAGUUUCAGCAGUUUUGGAAUUUUGCCACACAGCCUAAUAUUUGGAAAUAUUGAAGUAAUUGUAUUACAAAAUAAUGCCGACCGAUGUAAUUGGAUAUUUGUAUGCGGCAACAGUUGCUGCCGGCGGUAUAAUGGGUUAUGUUAAAGCAGGAUCUAUGCCUUCAUUGGGGGCAGGUCUAGCAUUUGGUGCAAUAUUAGGUUUAGGAGCCCACUACAAUUCUCAAGAUCCACCCAGACCACUACUGCAAUUGGGCACUUCCUUGGUUUUGGCCGGCGUAAUGGGAGCAAGAUUUCAACGAUCGGGAAAAAUGAUGCCAGCCGGCAUGAUUUGUAUUAUUUCAAUUGCGGCUCUUAUAAGGAAUGUCGUAACAUACAAUCGUUAUUUGCCAUUACCAGGAAGAAACUAAACAUGUGUUUUUAUUUUAUACUCUUAUAUACUUGGUUAAGGUUUAAUUGGGUUUCCUAUGCACUUGCCUCUCUCUUAAAUAGAAAUGUAUUAUCCUAUUUAACCUA